AAUGAUGGUUUAUGGCAUGAUGUGCAACUUCUGAAACAAGAUCGCGAGAUUUUAAUCAAGGUUGGUGCAAUGUUGGCACAAUCCGUGAAAGAUGUACCCAAUCCAAAGGUAAUGCGUAAACGAAUGUACAUCGGUGGUGUCCUAUCAAGACAUCGUAAGCUAUUCAACGUGAAAGUACCGGCUUUCGAUGGGUGCAUGCGGUGA